AUGACAGAAAUUCAUCAACAAAAUAUAAAAUCGUCUGUAGUCAAUAAAUCUCAACGUUGUGCCAAGGCUAAAUGUAAUCGUUUAUUACCAUGGAAUCAUCCAAUAUCAUAUAGUAAUGGUUUGUGUGAACGGCAUUUUUUUUCAAUUGAUCUUUCAUCAAGUGAUGAUGAUGAUAACGAUGAUACAAAUAAUAAUAAUAAUUUAAUUCAUGAGUCAAGAUUAUUGUCGAAAGAAAAAACUUUUUAUUCAACAAAUAAUCAAUACCAACCACUACAAGGUGAUAUUCGAAAGACGCGUGAAAUUUUCGAUGGCCAUCAAUGGUGUAUUAUUGAACAAGCAAUUGAUUAUGUAUCAUCAACGAUGAGUAAAUUAAUUCAGUUGAAAUUAAUAAGAAAUAAAUCAAUGAAUAAAAACAAUUUUCUUUUAGAUAAUGACAACUUCGAUUUGAUGAUGACAAAAAAACAUAAUGAAGAGAAUUUAUUACAAAUUCUUCGUUUAUUAUCAAAUUAUCAAACUGUUAGAGACGAAUUAAACGUAAAAGUUCAUAUUCAAUAA